AUGCCUACUUCUCCACCAGCGUCUAUAUCAUAUUCUGCAGACACACUUACUUUCAAUGAACGCCAUCUUUUGGCCAACCCACCUUAUACUCUCAACACUCCCAUUGACUCACUUAUCGAUCCGAGACGUGGGCAAAGCAUGAAUCGAGAUUCAAAGUUUCCUCGACCGCCCAAUGCAUGGAUUAUUUUUCGCACAAAUUUCGCAAACGGACUACGAUCUCAGGAUUCUAUUAAUUUGUAUAGAGUUCAAGAAAUCUCUAAGAUGGCUUCUAAAGAUUGGAAAAGUCAGCCACCUUUAGUCAAACAAGAAGUGAAUACAGAGAAAUUUAAAAAACGUCAAAUUGAUGAAAAUAGUACCAAGAAGAAAAACCAAGAAGAAAAAAGAGCCAGUGAUCAAUUGACUAACUCUGUCCAACUGAACAAACAUGAACAAUUGAAUGAAUAUGCUCUAUCGAGUAACUGUGUUCAAUUGAAUAAAUGUAUGCCAAUUGAAGAAUCAGACGCUUAUGUUCAACUAAACGCAAACGCACAACUUCAAACAUCGAACAAAUAUGCUCUAUUAAAUAACAAUUUUCAACUGAACGAACAGCUUCAAGCAUUGGACAAAUAUUGUCUCCCGGAUAACUGUGUUCAACCGAACGAAUACAAACCUAUAGAUGAAUAUUCUCUGGUUCAACACAACCCAUUCGAUGGAGCACAUUUGUGUCUUCCAAUGAAUGGGUAUGAUGAACUGAUUAGAUAUAUCGACGAACAGCAACACAACUCAUUGGGUGAAAGCAGCGAGAGUUUGCACAUUAAUUGGCAUAACAUGCAGGAUAACGCAUACUACGGCGGCGUUCAAUCUGAUAACAGCAAUCAAAUAAGCAGUGGCGUAACUGAUAUUAACAACACACAUAGUUCCGCUUCUCUAUGCAGUAAUAAUAGUGAUACGUCAAACGCCGGUUUUACUGGCUAUCUUUUCAGCGAAAAUUUGCUUACAAACCCGCUAUUUUAUACUAACAACAGCAUUUAG